AGGCCCAUUCCUUGCUGCCGCCACUGACCGCCAUGUGCACGGGGGCCUGUUCCAAGGUGGUGGGGGUGGCUCUGUGGCCCUUCAUCCUGGUCUCCAUCGUGUCCAACAUCCUGCUGGCCUUCCCCGACUGGAAGCCCGACUACGUCCAUGAGUUUGGCAAGCGCUUGACCCCUGAGGUCCUCUACCUGGGUGGCCUGGUCGGAGGGGGCCUCAUGGUCCUGAUUCCGGCCGUCCACUUCCAUGCCGCGGGAAGCCGGGGGUGCUGCGGGAACCGCUGUGGGAUGUUCCUGUCGGUGAUCCUGGCGGCGGUGGGGGUGCUGGGGGCCUCCUACUCGGUGGUGGUCUCCCUGCUGGGCCUGGUGCACGGGCCCCUCUGCCAGUACAUGGUCAACGGGACACACCUGGACUGGGGGCGCCCCUUUGAGAACAGCGGGGACGGGCCCAGCCUGGAGGAGAGCUACCUGCUGGACCGGUCGCAGUGGGGUCGCUGCCUGCUCCCGGAGGGCGUGGUGGAGUUCAACGUGGUGCUCUUCUCGCUGCUCCUGGGUGCCGCCCUGGCCGAGCUCGGGCUCUGCCUCAUCCAGGUCUUCAACGGACUCUUCGGGUGCUGCUGCGGGACCUGCCGCGACGAGGAGGAGCCCCCCGCCCUGCCUUGUGGCUACUCAGUGCUGAUCAAGCUUGCUCAUGGAAACAUUCCCACUUGCUUCAACAGACAUUAG